AUGCACCUACCUAUAGAAAUGAAUGGAAAAGAAGAUCAAGCACAGAUACAGAUUACGAGAGCUCAGCUUGUUCAGAAACAAGUAGCACAAGUAGAAGAAGUAGUUACAGAAAUAGGAAUAGGAGAG